AUGAUUAGAAAUCCAUUACAAUGGUCAGUUAGUGAUGUCGUGCAAUGACUUCAAGUAAUUAAUUGCUCGGGUGCACAAGAAGUGUUUGUAUAUCAUGGAGUCGAAGGGAAAGACUUGCUACAGCUCACAGAUGCAGAUCUUCGCUUUGAUUUUAAGUUCAAACGUGUCCAUGAUCGCAAAUAUAUUUUGAGAAAAAUUCAAGAAUUAAAAAAUAUAAACUCAGCAAUCAUUGAAGUGCAAUUUGGAACCCAAGUAUGCGCUGUUAGAAUUUCUGACCUCCACUCUUAUACUUUUGAGAACCUCCGCAAAGAUGUAGCAAGGUAUUUUGGAGUAGACGAAGAAAAAGUAAUUAUUCAAGAUAAACAUGGACUUGUAUGAGGAAGCAUUAGCGUUGCUUGUAUUUUUGAUAGCAAUUUAAGACAGGAAGAAGCUGUUUAUUUGAAAUUCAUUGAUGAAUCAAGCACCAAUCCAAUACAGCAAGCAGAUAAAGCUGCAUUAAGUGAAGAUGAAGAAGAUUUUAAUGAAGAUAAUCCGUUCCAUGAAGCUUCUAAGUCUUUAAGAGAUUCAAGCCCUUGGGCUGUAAAAGAAGAAAUGGCAUCAAAGGAAGAAGAAAGUCAUUGCUAGUAUUAAUUACUCAUAGAGAAGUCCCCUGGAGGCUUUAGGCCACUACUAUUCUCAUUUAUGUUUCUACUACUAUACUAGCUUGCCAAUUCAGAUAGUCUUUCAUUGUGCUGCUACCCACGAAUGAGGGCUUAGACUCGCUACCUGAGAUCCAGAGACGCUAGGUAGCCAAGAGGAACAUCAGUGGGUUGCCUUCCAGAAAAUUAUCUUUGCCUAUCAAGAUGGGAAUUCAUAGCCUGAGACACAAAGCCAGCAUUUCUCUGAGGAAUUGUUAGGCGGCAUAGUGGAUGUCCUAGGCAGCGCCAACUAUCCUUUUCUAACUCUUCGUUCCAUCUCCGAUACAGAUUUCUGAAUGUCUUUUUCUUCCACAAGGAACCCUUGCUCUAUUUCGGAAACCAAGCUAUAAUUAUUACGAAGCCUUGCCGCUCACCAGAAAUAAAAUGGUGACGUUGACGGAAAUUGGACUCCGAGGCUCACCUCCUAUAGAGCUGGUAGGACCCAUUGCUGAUGAAGCUGAAGAUACAGGUCUCAUUCCUGUCCUAAGUAGGCCUUCAGUUGUGGGAAGCCGUGCCAAAGAGGAAAAUUUUAUUUCUCCCCCGAAGGUUUUCCCUGUCCCUGCCAGACGGGCUAGACAGGUUUUUCCUACCACAUGGUCUUCCUUCAUCGGGACCAGCGGGGCACUCAGACAGAAGUGGCUCUGCCCAAAGGAGCUGAUCCCUUGGACAGGUGGUUUUGACCAGAAAUCAAGAUGGCGUCUGGCCUGGGAGUAUGGCCACAUCAGAACCCGACCGGGAGUCGUCUUUCGAGCUGAGGUGUGUUGAGGCCAGUGGCUCAGCCGCUUAAGGCCUUACAAAAUAACUUAACUUAACUUUGCCGCUCACCACGCCAUUUAAUUUACAUGAUUGAAGAAAGCCAAGAAAAACGUAAAAGAGUCAACAAAGGAACUAAAAAGCAGAGUCUAAACGGAUCUGAUAGCAAACAAAAGAUAAAAAUUUCAAAAAAUACUAAAGAGUCCUCUCUAGUUAAAGAAAAAGGCAAUAUAUCAAGCAACCCUGCAUCUGAUGUGAGUGAUAGAUCUAUAAGAUUAACUGAAGAAGAAGAGGAAUUGAAAAACGUCUUAAAGAUGAUGAGAAAGAGCUAA